UCUUGAUGCCUUUUUUCCCCCGGAUGGGGGCGGAGUUAUUGGGCGCGCUCCCGGCGCUGCCUUGAUGUCCGGGAAGAGGAAGCGAAAACCGAAAGUAACAGGUUUGGGUGCUCAAGCCCGGGGUUUCUCGGGUUCGGGGGCUCCCCCCGUCCUCCUCCUCUUCUGACCAUGGACGUGGCGGCGCUGGAGCAGGACGCGGUGAAGUUCGCGCAAUUGGCGGUUCAGCGGGACCAAGGGGGGCGAUACCAAGAGGCGGUCUUUUAUUAUAAGGAAGCUGCACAAGCUUUGAUUUAUGCUGCAAUGGCAGGAUCAACCUUGGAAAAUAUUUCAGUAAAAAUAAGUGAAUAUUUGGAAAGAGUUCAAGCCUUGUACACAGCAGUUCAGUCACAGAAAGUGGACCCCUUGAAGUCAAAGCAGCAGUUGGACCUGGAGCGUGCUCAUUUCCUGGUUACUCAGGCUUUCGAUGAAGAUGAAAAAGGCAACAAAGAUGAAGCCAUAGAGUUGUACACUGAAGCCGUGGAGCUCUGUUUGAAAACAGCAAAUGAAACUUCAGAAGCAGGUCUCCAGACAAAACUGAAGCAGUUGGCUCGACAAGCACUGGACAGAGCUGAGGCACUGAAAGACUUAAAGCCAUGUCAGAAAGACAAACCUGUGGUGAAACAAAAUCAGCCUGUGAGGACCUUCUUCCCGCUGGGACCUGAUUUUUCUUUGAACGAUAAGCCACAGACCGUUAGGCCUGUGCAUGCCAGUGAACCUCAGGGUCAACGAUACACUGCAGAGGAGAUUGAGGUGCUCAGGAAGACGUCAAAAAUAAAUGGCAUUGAGUAUGUCCCAUUCAUGAAUGUUGACCUGAGAGAGCGUUUUGCUUUUCCAGUACCAUUCUCAGAUAAAUGUGGCAAGUUGCCUUUGUCUCCCAAGCAAAAGGCAAUAUUUUCUCGAUGGGUGCGGCCAGAUGAAAUAACAAACAAUCCCACAAUGAUCUAUACUGUGUCAAGCUUCAGCAUAAAACAGACCAUUGUAUCAGAUUGUUCUUUUGUUGCUUCACUCGCGAUCAGCGCAGCAUAUGAAAGACGAUUCAGCAAGAAGUUGAUAACCAGCAUCAUCUACCCACAGAAUAAAAAAGGAGAGCCAGAAUAUAAUCCUUGUGGAAAAUACAUGGUCAAGCUACAUAUCAAUGGUGUCCCUAGGAAAGUGAUAAUUGAUGACCUGUUACCAGUAGAUCACAGUGGAGAACUUCUCUGCUCUUAUUCCAACAACAAAAAUGAACUCUGGGUAUCAUUGAUAGAAAAGGCAUACAUGAAGGUCAUGGGAGGCUAUGAUUUUCCAGGGUCAAAUUCAAACAUUGAUCUCCAUGCACUGACAGGGUGGAUACCUGAACGGAUUGCUAUGCACUCAGACAAUCAAAGUUUUAACAAAGACAAUUCCUUCAGAAUGCUUUACCAAAGAUUUCACAAAGGGGAUGUGCUUAUUACAACAGCUACUGGAAUGAUGACAGAAGAAGAAGGAGAAAGAUGGGGUUUAGUGCCUACCCACGCCUAUGCUGUUCUGGAUAUUAGGGAAUAUAAGGGGCUUCGAUUCCUCCAGUUGAAAAAUCCCUGGAGCCACCUACGCUGGAAAGGAAGAUACAGUGAAAAUGAUGUGAAGAACUGGACCCCUGACCUUCAGAAGUACCUAAAUUUUGAUCCCAAAACAGCCCAGAAAAUAGAUAAUGGGAUUUUCUGGAUUGCCUGGGAAGAUCUGUGCAAGUAUUAUGAUGUUAUUUAUUUGAGCUGGAACCCAGGUCUUUUUAAAGAAUCAACAUGUAUUCACAGUACCUGGGAUGCAAAACAGGGUCCAGUGAAAGAUGCUUACAGCUUAGCUAAUAAUCCACAGUACAAACUGGAGGUUCAGUGUCCACAAGGUGGUGCUGCCGUGUGGGUUCUCCUCAGUAGACACAUUACUGACAAGGAUGACUUUGCACGGAACCGAGAGUUCAUCACAAUGGUUGUAUACAAAACAGAUGGGAAAAAGGUUUAUUACCCUGCUGAUCCUCCACCAUAUAUUGAUGGGAUUCGAAUCAAUAGUCCACACUACCUGACCAAGAUAACAUUGACUUCUCCAGGAACCCAUACAUUUACUCUGGUGGUUUCACAGUAUGAGAAGCAGAACACAAUUCACUAUACUGUCAGGGUGUAUUCAGCGUGCAAGUUUACCUUCUGUAAGAUCCCAGCACCGUACACUGUAUCCAAAAGGGUGAAUGGGCAGUGGAAAGGUCACAGUGCUGGUGGAUGUGGGAAUUUUAGAGAGACAUCCAAGAACAAUCCUAUUUACCAGUUCCAGUUGGAUAAGACUGGGCCACUCCUGAUUGAACUCAGAGGACCAAGGCAGUACAGUGUUGGGCUUGAGUUGGUGACAGUUUCUACUGUGAGUGAACCCGGUCCUUUGGGUUUUCAGAAAAAGAAUAGUGGUGAUUACAGGUGUGGAUUUUGCUAUCUGGAAGUUGAGACUGCACCUGCUGGUGUUUACAAUGUUAUUCCAAGCACUUUUCUUCCUCAACAGGAAGGACCAUUUUUCUUGGACUUUAAUAGUGCUGCCCCUCUUAAGGUUUCACAGCUGCAAUAAGAUAGUGUGGCUGGUCCAAUGUCUUUUUUCCCAGAAUAUGCUGAAACUGACAAGUUGGCUAUCCUUCUGGAGGGCAAUCAGAGAAAAUCCUUAAAAAGUUUACAUGGAAUGCACAAAGGAUAUGGACUCCCAGUGAAUCACUCUCCAAAGUUGAAACCACGAGCCCUUACACCCAGUGGUUUGUAGCAUUCUCUGAAAGCACAGAAAUCUGAGUGAUGCCUUGCUUUGUCAGUAACUAGUACUUCGAUAGUGGCAGCAUUGAGGACUAACAAAGGAGAAUGCUUCCAUUUCAUUUUGGUCUGGUAAAAUGUGCUCUAUAUUGCAUGGCUCAGCUUUUGAGAAUCUGGCACCUUAUACUGUAUUGUUUUUAUCAGGGUUUGGUUUUAAAAUGUCUGCCUCUUCUUUUCUACCAUCUGGCUUCCCAAAGUCCUUUUUUUUUUAACCAGCUUCCUUCCUUACUUCCUCUUUGUCUUCUUUUCAAAUAAUGCAAUCAAAUACCUCUAUUUAUCUCUGUCUUAAUCUGGAAUCCUGGACUUGUGAGAACACUUUGCUUGGCCUUCUGCUUGAUAGGCACAAAAAACAGUUUUGGCUUGACAGGCACCAAUAGUCUGGUCUGCUUCUGAUCAGGUGCAACAGAGUUCUUGGCUGGUACUUGCUCUGUAUUUUUUGCUGGUGAUGCUUAAUGGAAAACUAGUCUAGGGCAAGGGGAAAAGAUCUGUGCCAAACAUCUAACACAGAGAAUGCUUGUAUAAAGUGAUACAAAUCAUGUAUUUCAGACUUUCCUUACGGCACAUUCAUCAAAAUGCCAUUGGUGUACCUCCUUCAGUUCCACACUGUUAGUUCAAUCUCCAAGAUGCAUUUGAUGAGCUCUACAUUUGUGCUACACACACUGCUUUGUUACGUGUCUUAUGAGGAUAAUUGUUGGGUAGUGCAAUUUCACACCAUCAGGGAUGAAGAGUCAGAAAUAGUCUCAUGGCUAUAUAUUACCAAUAGCCUCUCUCCAGCUACUUGUAGCAAGUAACAUCUCAAAUGCAUAAGUAGGUCUGACACCUCUUUUUGGGCGCACUUUAUCGCAUAUCAGCUAAUUUAGUUUUGAUCGUUCAUGUAAUUAUGUCUGGCUCAGAAGGAAAGACGGAUGCUUUCUAUCCUUGUCACACUACAGAGAUGUGUGAGCAUGUUGAUGGGUCUAAAGAGUCUGCCUGCUGUGUAUUAUACUUUUGUCCUUAAUCGUGUUGACAACAUGGGUGUGUGUGACAAGGUUCCAUGUGCUUUGCAAUUCCUUGCUUCUGUUGUACGAUCACCCCUGUAUUAUAAUGGAGUGUACAUUCAGGUAUUUCCAGAGUGGCUAAACUGAGAUUCGAUCUUAAAUCUAGACCCAUGAAAUACCUUUACUCUGAACAAUGUUUAGAUACCACCAAAGUAUCAGAUUCAGUUGCCUUGUUUUAAAAGAAUCUACCCCCUAAAAUAGGCAUCACUAAUUUUUCCUUUUGUAAAAUUUAAGAAGCAAACUGUAGGAAGCAAAACAUUAAAAAAAUUACAGCAAAAGUUAUAGCCUCAAUUUGAGCCAUUUGAAGAGAGGGGAAAUGGGACUGUAUACAUCUACCACACAUCAUCUAGGUGAAAGCACCAGUGUGAUGUAGUAGAUAGAGUAUCUCAGUCUAGGAUUCAGGAGACCUGGGUUCAAAUCCUUGCACAGUUAUGGAAACUCAGGAGCAGAAGGGGCUGGCAAUAUAAAAAGACUCCUUAAACAUCUCACAUACCUUGAAAACAUUAUUAGGAUUGCCAGAGAGAGGCAGUGACAG